AUGAUCGAAACUACCGCCGCCUACCAGGCCCUCACUGACCAUCUGGCGAAGGAGAAGUAUGUCUUCGUAUGUCCGUCGCCAGAGUCACAAGGCCGGGUAGUGAACAAAAGACGUUCCAAUGUUUCAACGGAAGAUGCCAAGAACGCGUACGACUUCUUUGGCUGGAACCUGCCAUGUACUAGAGAAGCACUCCGAUCGAUGAUACCCGACGACGUGUUUGAAAGCCUCCACAAAGCCUCCGUAAUCACGCAGGGCGACGACAAAAGUUACCGUUCCACUAUUCGUGUAUCCAAUUUUUAUCUCCCCCACCUCCCAAGUCGCGAUACCAACGCCACGUCGCUUUAUUACAUUCACUCGUCCUUCCCAGCAUCCUCAGAUUCCGUCUUCUUCGGACCCGACACAUAUCUCUUCGUUUCGUUUCUACAAAACAUAACGCGACAUUUUCCACAAGCGCCUAGCAGCAUCAUAGAUGUCUGCUGCGGAUCGGGUGCAGGCGCGAUACACAUGGCAAGGACGUAUCCACAGGCAGAGACGUUAGGCCUAGAUUUGAAUCCGCGUGCGCUGAGUCUGGGCAAUAUCAAUGCACAACUGGCCGGCGUGAAGGUCGGCUUUUCUGAGUCGAACCUUUAUGCGACCGUGCCCGAGGAAAUGAAGCACUACGGUGUGGAUCUCAUCGUAAGCAAUCCGCCGUACAUCGCAUCCAGCACCGACGGCAAAGACCUACCCAUAUACGCAGAUGGUGGUGCCGGAUUCGGUCUAGAUAUAUCCAUACGUAUUGUGGAAGAAGGGAUGAAACUCUUGUCUUCAACUGGCGUCAUUGUGGUUUACACGGGCGUCGCAAUGCCCACAGCCGAUCCUGGCCAUGAUGCCUUCUUAGAGAAGCUGCAAAAGGUAGAUGGUGCGGAGCUCGCCGAGUACACAAUCCUGCAUCCGGAUAUGUGGCCAGAGGAAAUCGGAACAGGUGCCUACGCAGAUGUGUGCAGGAUACAGGUAGUCGGAGCCGUGCUGCGACGGAAUGCUGAGAGUAUGGAGGAGGUGAAGAAGGCGUCACGCAGACGAUGGGCAGUAUAA